AUGCGCCCACGUACAUGCGCUGCAUUACGUAAUCAUUUACACUAACUUUGUAUAACGUGUAGGCCUACGCUGUGUGUGACCAUCUGUCAAGGUGGAGAAUAUCAUUCUCUUCUGAAAUCAUCAAGAUAUUAAAUACUGCCAACCAUAUUUCCUGAUAUUUGACCUUGAGAUUAUGCAUUGAAGAUGUCGAAAAAGCAGAAACAGAGGACUAAAGGCAACGUUCGGCCCUCAAGCAGUGGCAGAGCCGCUGAGCUGUUGGCCAGAGAGGGUGGUGGUCAUGUCGGAUUUGUUGGCUUUGGAUCGAUGUCAGGUGACCUGGGAUAUGUACCAACUAGUGUGGGAUUUGAGGACCAGGAUGCAGGCCUAGAUGCAGACUUCAGGAUGGUGCUUCGUAAACUCAGCAAGAAAGAUGUAGUCACCAAACUCAAGGCAAUUCAAGAAUUCCAAGGUCUGUGCACUGAGAAGGAAGAAGAAGACAUUGUUUCCUUGCUUCCACACUGGCCAAGGCUCUACAAUAGACUCUCAAUGGACCAUGACAAGCGAGUUAGGGAAGCCACCCAGCAGAUGUUUAUCAAGGUGGUCAGUCGGGUCAAGCGCAACCUUGCCCCCCAUCUCAAGGCGAUCAUGGGAUGCUGGUUGAUGGCCCAGAAUGACCCUUACGCCCCUGCAGGGUCUGGGGCAAAGGUUGCAUUCAGGAAGGCCUUCACCUCCCAGGAUAAACAGGGCAAUGCAGUGGCCUUCUGCAAGGGAGAAGUGCUACAGCUUUACAAAGACAAUCUGUUCAAGGAAACUGCUGAGACGCUCAGUGAUCCAAAGUCAUUUUCUAAAGAGGAACAAGUUGAGAAGUAUUUGCGAGUGGUGAGCUCGUCUCUGCUUGCUCUCAGAGAGUUCAUCAAUCUCUUACCAGAGGGACAGCUGGAAGGAAGCAAGGAAGAACUGAACACCAUUCUUUCUGAAGACAGACUGUGGAAAUUUGUUAAGAAUCAAUCUCCAGAGAUCCGUGGUGCCAUGUACAGCCUGCUAGGAACCCUAUGCAAGGUGAUGCCUUCGAUCCUGACCCCCUACCUUCCUAAGCUGUGCCCUGCCCUGCUGGCGAGUAUGGAUGAGACUGAACCUUUGACUGUUGGUCCUCUCUGGGAAGGCAUCCUUAGACUCAUCUCUUGUGACCUGGAUUGUUGGAAGCAUGUGAACAUGAGGAAGGCAGUCCUUCCAAAGCUCUGGUCCGUCCUGCGUAACGGGGGAAACGGGUGCGCCUCCACCAUCUACCCCCACCUCCUCCCCCUCCUCAGCCAUCUGCCUCCGGAGGUCAAAAGUCAAGACGAGGCCUUCUGCCGGGAAUUCUUCAACAACUUCAGAGAAGGACUUAGCUGCAAGCGUGUUAGUCAGAGCAUCAGUGAGAACACAGCCAUCUUGAAGUCAUUCAUGGAGUGUCUUAGAUACAGCAUUGCUCAGAGUCUCUCCAGUGAGAAUGCAUCUGUUCACACUCAUCUCCUUGAUCAACAGCUGAUGCCUCUACUGAAAUCCUCUCUGACUGAAGAGGGCAAGACAUGGAGUGUGGUGACCCUUUAUCAGCAGACUGGGGCCUUGCUAAACUACCUGUAUAAGCAGAAGGUUGGUGAUGAGAAAGGAUCACCAGCUCGACAGGUUUUGGAGACUCUGUGGUCAGGCAUCUCUGCCAUGUGUGUGGAUCAUGUGACAUCAGCAUUGACCAAUCAGGAGGCAGGAUUGAAUAAUACUGCGCUUCUUGUUGCUGUGCUGAAGAACCCUAAUGCCGUUGAGGUAAAGAAGAUGGGAGCCAGUAAGAGGAGGAUCAAGGGAGCAAGGAUCAGGUUUGCUGUGGAGGAGGAGGAAGGAGGAGGUGAAAUAGAAAAGCAGGAACCCUCAGGGAGCAAUGGAGAUGAUAGACUAGGCAAACCACAAACAAACAAUGGUCAGUCAAAAAUAGAAGGUGUAGAAUCUAGUACUGAACCAUCCAUCCAACAUCCUCAGCUUCCAUCCCUCGUCUCGGACCUCGUCCAGUCAUCAUUCCACCAAGCGAGGGACUCACUACCUCAUCUUCACUUUCUAGCCCAACUCGUCAGAACUUUUUCCGAUCGGACCACCAUCCGAACCAUGCUCAAAGCAGCUGAUGUGAACGCUGCCUGUCCUACUCGUACAGGGAGUGACCUCAUUUGCAUAGAUGCAGCAUCAAAGGUCGAUGGAGAAGAUGAAGAUGCAAUUAGGACUAGUGGAGAUGUAAAGAAUAUUCAGGAUAGUGAGAAAGUAGCUGGAGGAUCUGGGAUAGAUAAACUGGAUGCAAGGGUGGAGAAGAAAGAGGAGGAAGAAAAGGAGGAGGAUAUCGGCUCUGAUGAUGAUCUCCUUCCCUUGAAAUGCAUCUAUUCAUUCCUAUUACCAUGGUUACUAGAUGUUGAGAAGGACAGAGAUGCUAGAAAGCAGGAGAAGGUGUUACGAAUGGAAGCCAUUCUGGACAUGACCGUGUCUGUUCUUCUGACCGUCCAAGAGGAGAAUCGAAUCCUGGUCGUUGAUGCUGUGUGCCUCAAAGCUGAGACACUGCAACUUCUCCAUCUGACGAUAUCCAAGAUGAGAGAUAAACCCGAGCUUUCCUCAACGAUGGACACCUGGCUCCAGUCUGAGCUGUUUGGUGAGAAGCUCCUCUCCAUCCAAGAUGAACUCUGCCGUCUCACCCUUGAAGGACAGCUGGAACAGAGCUCUGUGGGAUGGAAGCUCAUCUCUCUGGCCCUGUCCUCCGGGAAACAUGACGAACCUCUGAUUGGCACCACCUAUGCCGAGCUGCUCCUUGUAGGAUUCUACCAUGCUCUUACUAGACCGGAUGCUGUCACCACGGCAACCCAGUGCAUCAGUUUCAUAUGUGAUGUCACUUCCAACUUCUUUUCUGCUGUUAAGGGUUGCAUUCAUCUCUCAUCAUCUACUGAUCUCCUCUUGGCCAUCUUCCAACUGGAAUGCAGAGAUGCCCAAAAUCUCUCAGGUUCAUUGAAGGAGAAAGUCCGUCAAACUUGGGCUCAAGGAGUGCAGUCUUUAGUGAAGCAGACUGGUGGUUUGCUCACUGAUCAAGGUCUGCUUGUUAAGACUACUCAGUGGAUCAAACAAACAUUGAAUGAGAAAGAAGGGAACAUACACCAGUUUGAGCAGUUGGGUUUAACCGCGAGUGCCUUUUUGGCAGCCAUCUUGGAUGGGUUGCCUGGCAAUCAUGAUGACAGUGAUCAGGAUGUAAUGAAGACUCUAUUGGAAUCUCUGCUUCCAUCUGAAAAUGAGUGGGGUAGUCACAGACUGGAGCUGGCUAAUCAGUGGAUAUCCUCUGCAGUAAUUGGUCAGCAAAUGACCCAGUGUGACCCUCCACCUCUGACCCCGACUGACACGACCCAUGCACCACAGGCACUUAAGCUAGCUCUGUUUGUCAGCACUCUCACAUCAGAUCUCAACAAAAAAGUUCAAACAAUCGGUGCAUCUUCAGGAGAAGAGCAUGGGCAGGAGGACGGGGAAGAGGGCGAGGUCAUCUCCAUGGAAACCAGUGGGUUGCCAUGGGAAUGUGAUGCCUUGCAGUCUGCCAUCGUUGAAGUCAUGUACAUGAGAGAGUGGUGUCAAGCUAUAACCGGAAUCGAGGCAGCUCCACUGAAGCUGGCAGCUGGUACGGCAGUCAUUACCUCACCACCUGACUACUGUCUACAGUUUCCACAGACCUUCAGUCAGGCAACAGAGGACAUAUGGGGUCACCUGACACCUCCUUUAUGGCAGGAGCUGUUUGGCAUUGUAUUUGAUAGGUCUCUGAAGUCGGGUGGCCUGUGGUCUUAUGUUCUCGACCGUUUCAUCGAUAUCAACUUCAAACACAAUGACGAGAAGGCAAGGAUUAAUAUAUGGCAGCCCAUGGACUCGCCCAAUGAGCCAUGGCUUGAGAUCUGCAGUGUGGAGAUGCUACAGACUGUUGAAAGACUGGUGCCACAUUUCAGUGACAGACAGUGCCAGGACCUUGCUGGAUGCCAUGCUGGUAUGCUGGUGUCGUGUGAAGGAGAUUGGAUCACCAGUCUGUGUGGAGGACUCACUAACCUGACAGUGCUAGUCAGGUGUAUCACCAUGAAUCGUCCUGGUCCUGGUGCCCUGCCUGACCUAGCCUUGAGUACCCUGAGACAGCUGCAACACUGGAGAGAGAAAUCCAACUCGGUCUUCCUUUUCAGUGGGGAAGAGUUGGAAGGGGCCUCCUCAGAACAACUCUGUCUCAACAUCAAGAUGGUGCAGCUAGUGACAUGUGUUGUUGAGAAGAUCCCUGAAGAGUUGGAGUCACAUGACUGGGAUUUCAUCCUGUGUUCUCUGGUUUCAUGGGUUCAGGCAUGUAGUGAUAACAUGGCCAGCAUAAAAUCGUCGUCCAUUCUUGCUUCGACCCUUUGUGCCGCGACCUCUGACCUCUUGUCCAGCACGUCUAGACUCUUUGGACAGUCCGAGAGAUCGGUCAAGCUGCCUUCUAGUCUAUUGACGGAGUGGAACGAGUUCUUCAGUGAUGGAGCGUACAGUGUCUUCCUGCCUGCCUUUAUGCGGUUCAUAGAGGAAGAGAGCUUGUGGAGUGCAGCUGGGGUAGACCUGACACCCCUCCUCUAUGCCCUGUGCGAGGCCGCGGCUUACACCCCCACCGAGCAGCUGAAGGGGCAUUGCCUCCCUCCCAAACUCCAACCGGGGAGCACCAGGCACGUCCCCGACCCCCUUCACAGUCUUCUCAACCACCUGGUGGCUCUCCUCACCAAACCCUACAGGCCGGUCCAGACGGCUGCAUUCAACAUGCUACAGAGGGUGAUGCCAGAGUUUGCAAGGUACGAUGAAGAAUAUCUUCAGGUGAAGAAUAAAACACAAGCAGAUGAUGAAGAUGAAGCACCAAGCAUCUUGCCUCCAACUGGUCUUCAGAAGCUGCUAGACUCCUCCACAGCCUUUAUGGAAGCUCUUCUGCAUGACAUACCUGUAGGCGAAUGCACCGUUGUAGAGACUGGUAGCGAAGCCUACAUGCAGACAUGCUCAUACCUUCUGGCGUGGAGGCUUUACUUGACAAUUUUCAGAGCUGCCAGCAUGGAGGUCAGAGCGCAGUAUUCAUCCUACCUCAAACAGACAAAGGGAAUCCAUUCCUUAUUAGAGAGCCUCUUCUGCCUCAUGCCUGAAGAUCCGACCUUAGAGAGGUCAGCGACCCCCAGCAAGGGGUCACAGGUCACCAUGUUCAGCAAGCAUCCAGACUUGAGCCCUAAAGCAGCAUCCCAUGUGGAGGUCAACGAGGUGCAGCAUCUGGCCUGCUCGGUCUAUUUCAGCAUCCUCCAAGAUGUACCAGCCAUCGCUAGACAGUGGUGGACGUUACAGGACAGGAGAAUAGCGCCAUAUGUGGACAGGUUCACAACCAAAUACAUCAGCCCCCUGCUGUGCGCGGAGGAGAUGCGCUCCGUCCAGGAGAACCCCAGCACGGCCGAGAACAUGACGGUCAAGGCCCGUCUGUCCACCCGGGAGGUCAUCGCUACCUACUCCAUGCAAGAGCUCAACAUUGAGAUGAUGAUCACCCUCCCGGCCAACCAUCCCUUGGGACCCAUUGAGGUGGACAACCGACGCAAAGUAGCCGUAGGGACGUCGCAGUGGCGUCAGUGGACGCUGAUGCUGACCACGUUCUUGACCCAUCAGAAUGGGUCUAUAAUGGAGGGGUUGAACUUGUGGCGAAGCAAUGCAGAUAAACGUUUUGAGGGUAUUGAAGACUGCAUGAUCUGUUUCUCUGUGAUACAUGGAGGAAACUGCUCUCUCCCAAAGCUUAUGUGCAAGACAUGCAAGAAGCGCUUCCACUCAGCAUGUUUGUACAAAUGGUUCAGUACUAGUGCACAGUCUUCCUGCCCUCUCUGCAGAAGUCCAUUCUGAGGUGAAGAAGAGUGAAAACUCAUGAAGCGCAAACUGAAAUUGGUGCAAUUCCUGUCCACCUGAUUUUGAUCGACUCACUGUGGUGCCUCGAUUAGGGCAAAUGGCAUGCAUUGAAAAAAUACAUGGGGGCUUAGGGCGAAUUUGCCCCCGAAAUGCCCAAGAGAGCCCCCGAAAAUCAGAAAAGAGCCCCCGUAAAUUUGCAUAGAGUUCAAUGCAAAACAAAUUUUAGAAUGUUAUUUUUAUGCAGGCAAGCUUGAAAAGUGGCCCGCGAAAAAUAAAUAUUAAUUUUUUCUCUGAUGCCAUGUAUAUAGACAGACCCAAACACUCAUGUUUUUGUCCAGAGGCACUUUCAAUACCCUAUUGUACUGCCGAUAGAAAUCAUGUUUGUAUUACAAAAUAUGUCAUUGUAAUUUUAGCACUUUUCAAAAGGUAAUGGAGAAAGCUAUUGAUAUUGCCUCAGAAGUCCUUGCGAUUGUGUUAGUGGCUUUCAGUAGGUGUUUAUACAAUUUCACUACUCAAUAGGGUUGAUAAAAAGUGAACUACUACCUUUAUAUACACUGUAUGUUUACAAGUGAAUUAUCACUGACAAGUUGUCAGUUUUUAUCAUGUAGUAUAUAUGAUGGAAAGAUACUUUAUAAUCAAUAAAUUCUUAUAUUUGUUAUUUAAAGAUAAACUUGAGUUCAGGUCAUGCGAUUGCAUUGUGAAAGAAAAGGUGUGGA